AUGACGAACAACAAGAACGACAGCAAACUCGCAAACGUCCCCAUCCUCAACAAACUCACAUCCAACUCGAACUCGUCCUCGUCCUCGUCUUCCUGGACAGGUUCAUCAUCAAACAAGAAGAGUCACCACACGCCGCACUACAACUCCACAGACCACCACCACCUCAGGAUGCCCGUCGGAAACAACGACCAGAACAACGGCGUCACGGGCGCCGCCAAGUUCGUCACCUCGACGCUGGGCAACACCGUCGGCGGCGUCACGCGCACCGUCGGCAAUGUCACGGGCGCCGCGACCAAGGGCGUCGGGGACACUAUCACGAGCGCGGGCGGUAGCGCCGGGCGGCCUAUUGGUGACGGGCUGGGCAACCUCGGCGGCGGGCUGCAGAAUGCUUUGAACUCGGUGGGAAAGGGCGCGGAGGAUGCGGGGCAGUGGAAGAGAUAG